AUGGCCGGCAACAUGGGCAUGGAACAGUUGAUACCCAUCGUGAACAAGCUCCAAGAUGCAUUCACCCAGCUGGGCGUGCACAUGCAGCUGGACCUGCCCCAGAUCGCGGUGGUCGGUGGCCAGAGCGCUGGUAAAAGUUCCGUGCUGGAGAACUUUGUGGGAAGGGAUUUUCUACCAAGAGGUUCUGGAAUUGUAACUCGUCGUCCUCUUAUUCUUCAGUUGAUUAAUAGUACAUUGGAAUAUGGAGAAUUUCUUCAUUGCAAAGGAAAAAAGUUUGCUGAUUUUGAUGAAAUUAGGCGUGAAAUAGAAAAUGAAACUGAUCGUAUGACUGGAUCUAAUAAAGGAAUUUCUAACAUACCAAUAAAUUUGAGGGUAUAUUCUCCUAAUGUUUUAAACAUCACAAUGAUCGACUUGCCUGGCUUGACAAAAGUGCCAGUGGGUGAUCAACCAGCUGACAUUGAACAACAAAUCAAAGACAUGCUGUUCCAAUUUAUCACAAAAGAAACAUGUCUUAUACUGGCUGUUUCACCAGCUAAUGCUGAUUUGGCUACUUCAGAUGCCUUACAAAUUUCAAAACAAGUUGACCCAGACGGUAUGCGAACUAUUGGUGUCAUAACAAAAUUGGAUCUGAUGGACGAAGGAACUGAUGCUAGAGACAUACUAGAGAACAAGCUUCUGCCUCUCAGGCGUGGUUACAUUGGUGUAGUAAAUAGAAGUCAGAAAGAUAUCGAUGGCCGUAAAGAUAUAAAAGCUGCUUUGAGUGCAGAAAGGAAAUUCUUCUUGGCACAUCCAUCAUAUAGACACAUGGCUGACAGACUUGGUACACCAUAUUUGCAAAGAGUUUUGAAUCAACAGCUCACAAAUCAUAUUAGAGAUACAUUGCCAGGCCUUAGAGAUAAAUUACAAAAACAAUUACUUACAUUAGAAAAAGAUGUCGAACAAUUUAAAUACUUUAGGCCAGAUGAUCCAGCUAUUAAAACCAAAGCAAUGUUACAAAUGAUUCAACAACUUCAAUCUGAUUUUGAACGUACAAUUGAAGGUUCUGGUUCUGCUCAGAUAAAUACCAAUGAACUAUCUGGUGGUGCUAAAAUCAAUCGUUUGUUCCAUGAACGUUUCCCAUUUGAAAUUGUGAAAAUGGAAAUUGAUGAAAAAGAACUAAGGAGGGAAAUAGCAUUUGCCAUCAGAAACAUUCAUGGUAUAAGAGUGGGUUUAUUCACACCUGAUAUGGCAUUUGAAGCUAUUGUGAAAAAACAAAUUGCUAGAUUGAAAGAACCAUCAUUGAAAUGUACCGAUCUCGUUGUUAAUGAAUUAUCUAACGUCGUUAGAAUUUGUACAGAUAAGAUGUCCAGGUAUCCACGUUUACGAGAAGAAACAGAACGUAUCAUUACAUCAUAUAUUCGUAAUCGUGACCAAAUGUGUAAAGAACAGUUAAUCCUAUUGGUUGAAUGUGAACUUGCUUACAUGAAUACAAAUCAUGAAGAUUUCAUAGGAUUUGCAAAUGCACAACAGUCUUCUGAUAACUCAAACAAAACUCAUAAGCUUGGUAAUCAGGUGAUACGUAAAGGAUGGAUGUGUAUACACAAUUUAGGCAUUAUGAAAGGAGGAUCUAGGGAUUAUUGGUUUGUGUUAAUGUCAGAAAACAUCUCAUGGUUCAAAGAUGAAGAGGAAAGAGAAAAAAAGUACAUGUUACCAUUAGAUGGAUUGAAAAUCAAAGAUGUUGAACAAGGUUUUAUGUCACGUCGUCAUACAUUUGCACUAUUUAAUCCAGAAGGCCGUAAUGUUUACAAGGACUACAAACAGCUUGAAUUAAGUUGCGAAACACAAGAUGAUGUAGAUUCUUGGAAGGCAUCAUUUUUACGUGCAGGUGUUUACCCAGAAAAGUCAUCCGAUGUAUCCAAUAGUGAUGAGAGCAGUACAGAAUCGACCACAUCUAUGGAUCCAGUUUUAGAAAGACAAGUAGAGACUAUACGAAAUCUAGUUGAUUCAUAUAUGAAAAUUGUAACAAAAUCUUGUCGAGAUCUAGUCCCUAAAAUCAUUAUGCAUUUGAUCAUAAACAACUCAAAAGAUUUUAUUAAUGGAGAAUUAUUAGCUCAUCUUUAUGCAUCUGGUGAUCAGUCUCAAAUGAUGGAAGAAAGUGCAGAAGAGGCUGUAAAACGUGAAGAAAUGAUGCGCAUGUACCAAGCAUGUAAAGAAGCAUUGAGAAUUAUUGGUGAUGUAUCAAUGGCUACUGUUACCACACCCGUUCCACCACCAGUCAAGAAUGAUUGGCUUGCAUCUAGUCUUGAUAACCCAAGGUUGUCUCCUCCAAGCCCUGGUGGUGCUGGACGUAGAGGAGUACCUUCCAACCCAACACCUGCAAAUGCUGCAUCAAGAGCACCUCCACCACCUCCAGCUUCAGGAAGACCAGCUCCAGCAAUACCCAACAGACCUGGGCCAGAACAGGGACGACAACCUCCUGCUCCACCUGGUAGGCCUGGUGGCCAGGGACUUCCUCCUCCUUUAAUUCCUUCGCGAGGAUCAAUGCCGCAAAUACCGCAACGUGUACAACAAGCGGUCGGCCAAGCUGUGGCACAAGUAGCUGUCAAUGAGCUUACCAAUGCUUUUGCCAACCGUUUCAAAUAA